GUUCUACAGCUGAUUUGUGACUACAUUGGAUUAAGUGCUUGCUAUUGUAGAUUGCUUGUAAAAUACAAAUAAAGAUAAAUAAUAUUGAAAAUUUAAGGCCGCAGUGAAACUGUAAGGCUACAAUAAUGUUAAGGGACUUGAUAACAUGGGUCUUAAAUACUUACCUCGGAAAGUAUUUGGAAAAUUUGAACUCUGCCCAAUUAUCUGUUGCGCUGUUAUCAGGGGAAGUAGAGCUUGAAAACAUUCCAAUCAGAAAGGAUGCGUUGCGGUCGUUUGGCCUACCGAUUGAAGUAUCAUCGGGGAGCAUUGGUAAAAUUAAACUUCAAGUGCCGGUUCGUCAAUUUCGAACGUCGCCGUGGUGCAUAUCCAUAGAAGGAUUGUUUUGUGUCGUUUGCCCCAAGGAUUUCGAAAAUUGGGAUGAGGCGAAGGAGAAGCUCCUCGAUUUAGAAUACAAGCAAUCUGUCUUGGACACAGCAGAAGCCAAUUGGCGGUCCGAAAAAGGAAAGCAAGUUGAAUCCUAUUACUUUUCAUCGUACAAUAAUUGGCUAAAAUAUGGCACAAACAUGGCAACAAAUAUUAUUGACAAUAUUGAGCUUAAAAUAUUUGAUGUGCACUUUCGAUAUGAAGAUAUCGUGGACGUGGGUAAUAGCAAAAUAGCCGCUGGCAUGAGAAUCGGUUCCCUAACUGCACAGACCUGUGAUUCUAACUGGACAACUGGCACAAAUAAGACGAUUAAUAAUGAUAUUAAUUAUAAGAUCGUCGAAUUAAAAGAAUUGUCUUUAUACUGGGAUAUAUUACAUGAUGAUAUUAAAUGUCAGAAGUUCUCAAAUCUAGAACUUCUAGCAAAUAUGAAUUCGACAUGUCAAUUACGUCCCCAUGAAUUUAUAAUAAAACCCAUAAGUGCAACAGCUAGAUGGAAACGUGAGAAGUCGCCACAAGUUAUUCGCUCUAAGGAAAAGCCCAGAGUCUCUUGCGAUCUCUUAGUGCCUGAAGUAAUUGUUGUGUUGUCCAAGGCGCAGCAUGUUCAAAUACAGGAUAAACUUGCCGGAAUCCGCCAGAUAAAGGAAAUAUCGCAGUAUAGAUUAAAACGACCAGCCUUCAGUAUUUUGGAGAAUCCUAAAGCAUGGUGGAAAUAUGUUCUCGUUUGCCACGGACGGGCGCUUAAAAAGAAAGAUGAAAAGUAUCUAACGCUUAAAGAGAACCUAAGAUAUAUGAGAAUUUAUCAAGCUGUAAUCUUAAAUCCCAACGAAAAUUUGUCCACCGAGGACAAGGAGUUUAAGUCCUACAUUGAAAGUGAUAGAGCAGUUUCGGAUUUAAUCAUUCUGCGCCGGAUAUGCUUUGAAAAAGUAUUCACCAAAGGACUGGCUAUUAAAUCGUACAACGCCACAGGCAAGCGGAUGUUAUUUCAUUGGUUUCCAAACUGGAUGGGAUGGUACGGUACCAAUAAUGCAACCAGUACGGAACAGGACGAAUCCUUGCAAAAUUUAGAAGAUGAUAUUUUGGUUGCCUUAGAGCAUUCACUACAAAGUCAAUCAAACUUUAAGUGCGACACUGUUUUUGGAUACUUUACCAUUGAGCUCCUUAAAGGAUUUGUUAUCUUGCAAACAGAAGAAACCACGAAAAGUGAAAGCAAUGCAUGCAUUGAAAUGCAGUUCAAUAAUUUAUCAUCCUUCCUUCAAUUAAAUCCAUUGUUUACAUCCUAUGUGGUAGGAAUAUCUUUGGGUGAAGUUUAUUUAUUGGAUAAAACAAACAAUGAUUCAAAGCAUUGUCAUUUAAUAAAACCACAGACAGAAAGAUCAUCAUUAGCUCAUUUGUCGGAUUUGAAAAUGACAUCCAGUACCACAAAUAAACAGGAUCCAUUAUUUCAGUUACAAUAUGAAAAUGACGAUCAGUUACAAUAUCGACUUUUAAUUAAAUCGAAGAGCUUGGAUUUAAUAUAUAAUCCAGACGCCCUUGACUGGAUCUUGAAAUUCUUUACGAAAUCUAAUAAUGUGCGUCCCAUAAUUGAAAAUAAUAAUCAAACUGGAAAAGAAAACAACUUUUUCAAUUCUUGGAAUCAACUUUUUCUUGGAAAUGAGCCGAAUCGGAAAAGUUGGACUUUUGAAAUUGAAGUAUUUGCUCCACGUAUAAUAUUUUUGGAAAACUACAAGAUCAAUAAUUCGUUAAUGGUUCUAAUGGAUUUUGGAAAAUUUCAAAUGAUUAAAACUGAUUUUCAAAAGAAAAACUCAAUAUUUACUGCAAAGACUGAAGAAAUUUAUACUACCGAUAGCAAUGGUGAUGAAGAGGAAACAUAUUUAACACCAUGCUCAACUCCUCCUGGAUCAGAGAAAAGCGGCUCGGAAUCUCCAACUAUCCAUGAGCAUUUCUUCAGGGAUCUUAUCAAUAAGAACAGUCAACUGGAAUCAGUAUUGCACAGUAAAAUUUAUAAUACAUACACGAUAAAUUUUACAAAUCUACAAGUUCUAGUCUGCAAAUACCAAGAGAGAUGGGAGGCCAGUUUAAAGUCUUCAUCGAAUUUUCAUUUGAUUGACAAAUUCAAUAUUACAUUAACACUUAAGCAGCGUAUUGUGUUUACAUCUGAUCCAGAUUAUCCUUCCUUUACGCUUUUUGGAACAUGUCCCAUGAUUUUAAUUCACGGCAAUGAGGAAAGAAUAAAACAUUUCUUAAAUAUAGUUUAUCCAAUUACAAAUAGAUCACGGUUUAAGGAAAAAAAGAUACAGAAGCCCGAAAGUAAACUUAUUGCUGAUAAUUAUAAUGUUAAUGGAAGUCAUUUAGUUGUUCAGUUUGCAAUUGGCCAAUUAAUAAUAGAAAUGCAAUCGAAAGAGAAAAGCAUUGCCGAGCUGCAAAUCAUUGGAGCUAGAGCUGGUAUUAUAACGACAGGAGGAAAAUCAACCAUUACAAUGUCUGUCCAUGGAUUAUUACUUGUAGAUGCCAUUCAAUCAUUCGGUCCAGACUUUGAGUUAUUGGUGGCCAGUCAUCGAAAUGUUGGAAUGGAUAGCUAUUCUGGAAGCCUUAAACAUAGUACAGCCUGUUCACCUGUUACACCUAGCUCACCAGAUCCAGCAGAUUUCCACAGGCCAACCAGUCCGCACAUUAUAAAAAAAGCAGUGCAAAAUAUUCAAAGCGAAUCAACAACGGAAUACUUUGAAGAAACUGAGUUAAAUGCAUUAAUUAACAUUGAUAUUGUUAUAAUGGCACCAAAUGCGAAUAACUCAAACUACGUCCAUACUACGAAAAUAUCAUUUAAUAGUUUGGAAAUCAUUGCUAACCAAGAGACAAUACUUGAACUAUUAAAUUUUGCCGAACGAAUUUUCCAUGGUCAAAAAAUAAUGAAACACGUAAGCAAUAAGAGCGAUAAAGAGGCUGCGUUGGAGUUAAGCGAAUCCGAAGGAUCUCUUAACCACAAUCAUAGUGAAAUAAAUUUCGACUUUUUUCGGUUAAAUGUUUUGAUAUUAUAUACCAUAAAACAAGAUAAGUAUUUGGACGUUGCCCGAAAAGUUGGUACGCUUACAAUAAGCGAAGCAAAAAUAAAUAUUUCGAUGCAAUCGGGCUUAAAUAUAAUUGGAUCGUUGGGAGGAAUACAAAUCAUCGAUAUUACGCCGCAAGGUAUUCGACAUCAGCGAAUUUUGUCAAUUGGUAAAGAUCCAGAACCAGAAUUAUCCCGUCAAUCAGUACUUAAUCAACUCUCCAACGAAAUUUAUUUAAAUAAUUCCGAUGAUGAUAAAAGUGAGCAAAUUGAUGCUUUAAGCUUUACAACACAAUGGAGUAACAAUACUGCAAUAAGUCUACAAUUGAGAAUGGCGUCUGUUUCGUAUACUCACAAUCCUCGGUUUUUACAUGACUUCAAUUUUUGUAUUACAAAUUUCAAACAUGGACUGAAAGAAUUUUUGACUUCAAUUGGAAAUAAAGCCACAGAUAUAGCCAAAGAAUUUGUACAGCAAAUAAAAGAUGUUAAUGCUCAGACAAAACCAGAAGAGUCAAACAAGUCUUGUGAGGAAAAUUCCAGGAUCUCCCUUGAUAUUAUAAUAAACAGUCCCAUAAUCGUUCUUCCUGUAUCGAAUGAUAGCAAAGAAGUUUUCAUUGCUAAUUUGGGAAAGAUUUGUUGUCGUAAUGAUAUUGAUGAAUCGCUGGAAAAUAUGAGUAAAGAUGUGAUAGUCAAAUAUUUAAUAGAAGUAAAAAAUAUUAAUUUAUUCUCAUUAAAUAUAAAUGAACAAAACGAGGAUUGGGCGUUCACUUUCCCCAUAGCAAGCAGAAUGUAUGCGAAUAAACAAAAAGCUUUUCCAAUACUUCAUGAUACUGCAAUAUCUUUGAAGUUGAAUCUUGGAUAUGGCGAUGUAAAUGUCGAAGAGAGGAAAAUUCAAACACUCUCGGUUGAAGGAAGCAUGGUGGAAACUCUGAAAGUCACACUUUAUCGAAAGCAAUAUAAGAAUAUGCUAGAGUCUAUUAAAAAUGCCACAAACUUUUCGAACGGCAAUGAAAACAUAAAACCAAAGAUACAAAACUCAAAUAUAACAAAUUCUAGUGAUUCCAUAAAUGAAGUACAACGUUUAAGCACAACUGUAAAGUUCUCAGUACCCGUACUUGAAAUUAAUCUUCAAAAUGAAAGUCAUGAGCCCUUAGUAAAUGUUACAUUUAAGGACUUUUUUGUUAAGCAUCGUAUUAGAGGCAACGAAGAAGAUGUUAAAGUUAUAUUAAACUCAGUUCUAAUGGAAGACUUGAAGUCGGAUUUGUCAUCCCCGUUUAGAAAUAUGGUUACAUCGAUAAACCUGGAAAACAGUUAUCGAAGGAAAAAACAAUCAUCAUCAUCGUGCCCGGACUUACCGAGUUUCUGUAGCAAACACAAGUCGAUAUCAACAUCAGUUCCCACCAACCUAUGCGAAUAUAUAAAGCUGAAAAAUACCGAAAAACAACACAAAUCAAAAUUAUGUAUCAAAAAAGACUUAAGCGAUCAAAAGAAACACAAUUUGGUUAUUUAUAGAUCACAUACCAGACGUUUACUUCAACAGGGCUCAAAAACUAAAAUUGAAAGCCAAAAUUCCAUAGAGUUUAAUUGUUUGAACUUAACAAUUUGUGUAGACAGAUGGUAUACGAUAUUUGACUUCUUUGGCUUAAUUGCUGACACGGAAAAAGCACAAAAUUUGAUUGAGAAAAAAGAUAUUGUUCCACAAAGUGUGCCGGAAUUUAGCAGCAAACUAAAUGUUUCCAUACGAUCGUUAAACUUUAACCUGACUCGCAAUGAAGCUGUCUUAACUAAAAUAAAUGUAUCUAAUGCAACAUUUUCUAUAAUUCAGGAGGCUUCGUUUAAAGCCAUUGAAGGUUGCUUGGGAUCAAUUACGGUAUACGAUCUCACCAAAUUUGGAUGCGUAUAUAAGGAAAGGUUUUUAACGAGUGGCUCAGAGGCUUUAAAUUUUGUUUAUAAAAGGAAACUUACUGAUCUGGAACCAUUAAAUAGCAUUAAUGCCGAUGCAGUACUAUGGAUUAAUAUGUCAUCGGUUCACUAUAUUCAUACCAAACGUUUUGUUGUCGAACUUCAUUUGUUUAUCAAAGAUUUAUUACAACUGCAAACGCCCGUGAUAAGGAAACUAAAGAAGCAUAACGUGGACAGGGAUCGAAGUGAACAGCCGUCUAAGAUAAAGCUUUGCAUACAAGCCGCUUCACCAAUAAUAGUUCUGCCAGCUUGUUAUAAUAGUAAUCAUGUUUUAAUUGCUUACCUUGGACAGUUUACUUUGAAGAAUAGCUUUCAUUUUGCCAGUGAUGAGUGCAUCAUAAGUAAAAAAGGAAUUACUCCAAGUCCAGAUGAAAUGUUGGACGUUAUGCACAUUGAUUUGGUCAAUAUCAAUUUCUUUUCGGCGGAACGAAGUAUUCAGAAAUUGGAAACCAAUUAUGACAAAGAAGUCUUUAUCAAUAUUGCAAAUACAAUUUUUAUAAAGGGCAAUAGAAUAUUCAAGGAAUCCUGUUACCUCAAUGUCCAAGUGGAGCGAAACCUAACAACUGCGAAUACUCGAGUUUGUCCGGACAUAAGUGUAAAAGGAACAUUCUCAAGACUAAAUGCAACACUAAAUAUUCAAAAUUAUAAGCUCAUUAGAGGACUUUUAAGCAACAAUAUUGGCGAACAAAUAGACGAUGUUUACAACAAUUCAUUAAGCAAUACGUUUACUUCAAUGGAAACAUUUUCGGCAUUGAAUUUAUUUGCUAAGACUGAAGACUCGACAAGGAUUAUGACUUUGCUUUCAAUAAGGAUUCUUCUGGAGGACGUAUCAAUUUUACUUGUUCUAAAUACGAAUACCAUGCCCGAUUUUGUUCUAGAACCUUUGGCUUGCAUUCACUUUAUACGAUCUCAGUUAGAAAUUGAUAUGUUCAGCGAUGGGGCACAGGAUAUAGAUCUGAUAUCCAGCAACAUAUUGAUUGUUGACGAACGACCCAGCGAGGGUAAACAUAAUGCAAAUAAUGUUUUUAGAAACAUUUUACAACCGUCAAAGAAAAGUUCGCCUCAAAAACAUUCGGCACAAGUCGAAAUUCAUUGCAGAAAACGAGUGAACUUAUGUAAAUAUACCAUAAUGUUAAACGAUAUGAGAGUGAUUGGAAUCCUGGACUUUUUAGAACAUUUAAAGAAGUUUUUGGAGGAAGACUCCUUACCCGUUUUACCUGUAAGUCCGAAAACAAAUCAACCAUUGCAAAUGGAUCAAGCAAAUUCGCAAGCAUCGGACACUUCUGUGGUAGAAUACAUAAUUAAUGUUACAGACUCUGAGAUUAUUUUCGUAGAACAGUGUAACCGAUUGGAUUCUAAUGCUAUCAUAUUAAAGAGUACAACGGUAAUCUCAUACAAACCGAAUAACAGUUGUGUACCACUGUCUAUAAAUAUAAAUCAUUUGGAAAUCUUCUCCUGCAUAUUAGACGCUGAGGAUGAAAGUGCGCUAUCGAUUAUUGAUCCAUUUACAUUGAACAUAGAAAUGAGAAAUAAUUGCCUAAAUAUUGUGGUACAAAAGCAAUUAAAUAUACGAUUAUCGUAUAUCGAUAUGAAACUGUUUUUGAGAAUGAUAAGCACGAUACCAAACCAGACUUCAAAUCCACAAAAUGUGUUGUCCAAAUCGAAUUCGGAGUUUGAAAAAAUCGCUCCUCUGCUUGCAAUGGGAUUUGAAAUAACAAAUUGUUGGUAUGCCAUGGAAUUAAACAAUUGGAAACUUAAUGAUGCCGCUCUAUGGCUAUCCCAACAAAAGCGAAACACGACCCAAAACCCGGCAUUGGAAUUAAAAACCGCAGUACUUGAUGCCAAUUGCAUAUCCAUAUGUGUGAUCGAUGAUUGCAUGGAUGCGGAUGUGCCCCUUCUUGAGGUAUCCCUUACAAAAGUCUUGCUCAAAUAUAAAUUUCAAGGAAAUGCAAUCGAAGUUGAUAACCUGAGCACCAAUAAUUCAGCUGAGGGUGAUCUGGACACAGAAGUAACGCUUAACUAUUACAAUCGCCGAUUGAGUGGAUGGGAACCUCUGGCUGAGAUCUGGCAAUGUACUGCAAAAUGGAAAUACAAGAGACUUAAUUUUGACAAAAGGAAACGAUUCGAAAUCUUUGUGAAUAGUAAACAGUUGCUAAAGUUGAACAUUACCUCAACGUUGAUUGAGCUAAUUCAUAUGGUUUCCAAGAACUGGACAAGCGAUUUCCAUUCCCUGGACAAUGUGAAGAAUACAAAUUUCCGACAACGAUCUCCAUUCGUUCCAUUUGCCUUACAGAACCUCACCGGCUCAGCACUUCUCUUCAAACCAAUCUAUGCUCAGCUGGGGGAUUUGACUUGCUCGGAGCUGCAUCAAUUAGAAAUCAUUAAGAACUGGAUGACCGUCGAACCCAAUGAAAUUAAGACCUUCGAUUUUAGUCAGAAGAGUAAACUGAGGCAUAUUGACUCACAUCUAUUGAAUUUGCAUCAGAUUUUAGUUCAAAUCCAUGGUUGGACAUUGAUUGGACCGAUUUCUAUAGAUAAAGUUGGAAUCUACUUUCGAACAACCAUAUUGGAUUCGCAUUAUGAGAAAAAAACUCGCAUUAUCUUUGACAUUUCGCUAAUGGGAUCUGCACAGAAGCUCAUUAAAGUCAUGUCCCCCCUGAGAAUAAUAAACAAAUUGGAUCAUGACAUUUAUUUGAAGAAAGUAUUAAAUAAAAAUCAUUUUGAUGCAGUUUCAGCGAUAAGCACGAUUACUCCCAAUGAUCAACAGUGCGUGCCGCUAAAGUUUCUUGAUGCAUCAUUAUACAUUUCCCAUGUUCCCAAUGAUGGCAAAAGAUCCGCAAAUAGUGCUGAUGUCGAUGACGUGGGAUUCAGUAAUGAUGAAAUAACUUGGAAAGACUCCGGAAGUGAUAGCCCGUCGAAUUUGUAUACCUGUUACGACGUUAAUAAAAGUAUACUAUACACACUUAUCAAUAUAAGCAAGGAAAUGUAUCCUUACAAGGAGAAAAAUAUGCCGGGAAAUACGAUUACACUCUUAUCUCCGCUAAUGUUGAAAAAUAUGCUCUGCUGUGAUUUAAUUUUCAAUAUUAACGGAUGCAGUAUUGGCCGUAUAAAUGCCUUUCAAAGCAAGAAUAUAUAUAAUAUAAAUAUUUGCGAAUCAUUCAACUUAAGCAUCACUUUGGAUAAUUUCCAAGUCUCCGGUCAACUUAAAAUUCCAACGAAUCACAUCGGCGUCGUUGAACCAAAAUUAAAAUUAAUCGAUUCAAAGAAUAGAGAACUACAUCUUCACAUAUCGAUUCAAUGCUUUAAAGGAAAGGGAAUAGAAAUAUAUAUAAGUGCGCCCAUUUGGAUUAUAAAUAAGACUGGCCUUCCACUCAUCUUUAAGCAAGAAGGUGCUACUAAUAUUGGUGCAGGUCAAUUUGAGGAGCAUGAAACAGCUCGACAAGUUUCUCCAUUGAUGUUCUCAUUUUCUGAUCAGGAAGGAUCACCUUCCUUGGAAGUGCGACUUGGCAACUCCUUUGGUGCCAACAAUCAGUGGUGCAAAGGUUUUCCACUGGUCAAGAAUAUAACACACCGAGAGUUGCGCACGGAAGGUGGACCUGGAUGCUAUACAAUUGGUAUAAGUGUUCGACGUGGUCGAGGAUUCUAUUCGAGCACGACCUUUGUGACAAUGUCCCCACGUUUCCAUCUCUAUAACAAAAGCGGACACCAGCUGGAAUUCUCACAGAAAUGCAAUAUCGUGCAGAAUGAAUAUGCUCAUUCAUCUCAUAUAAUUUCGGCGCCGAUUGAUUGUAAUUUUCAAUUUCAUUGGGCGAAUUGGGAUCGGGAACCUCUGAUAUGUGUGAGAAUGGCAGAUGUUGAAUGUUGUUGCUGGUCGAAAGGCAUACCCAUUAGUGAAGAGCAGAGUUUGUAUAUUAACAUAAGAAAUGAAUGGUGCGAAAUGUUCUUCUUGAGAUUGGAAAUCAUAUCAAGGGAUGCGACGCUUAUACUUUUAUUUACUGAUGCCCGAAGCUUACCACCUCCAAUAAGAAUCGACAACUUCUCAGAGGUUGUUGUGAACUUUUCGCAAAAAAAUUCCAGACCCAUUUGGUCUACGCCAGUUCGAUCACAGUCGUCAUUAUCAUAUGUAUUGGACGAUCCCUUAGGAACACAAACAUUGCUUAUGGAAGCCCCAGGAGGAAACAUUAUCGAAUUUCCAAUUGAUUUAUCAAAUAGUAGUAGAUCGUUAACUUAUUCAAACUUUAUAUAUAUAGCAUUUCAUAACACCUUUGAUCAUUUCAAAAGGGAUGGUGAUAAACCAGAUGAGAAAUACCAACAAUUAGUCUUAGGUGUCUAUGAUAGAAAAGUGAUUAUUAUGGAGAAGAAUUCUGGAGAUCGCUCACAAUUGUGGCUUAUGAAUUCUAAUGGGCAAUUGGAACAUGAAGGAUCCACACCUCCGAUCCAAUCAAAUGAAGGAAGCGCUGUCCGAUUGGUAUUAGAUUUAGAAAAGCCCCCGAAUCCAACAGAGUUUACUCCUCUGGUAGUUCGCACGCCCAAUAAACAAAGAGUCACCACACAGACUUGGAGGUUUGAGAAUGGACGACUUAUGUGUCACGCGAAUAUGUGCGUUCAGUCGUAUAAUGGAAAAACGGGUUUAAAGCCUGGAACACAGGCAGUUUUGGGAUGUAUUAAGCAUAAUUCAAAAAGUACGGAUACGAUACCCAUCCAACAACACCUCGUGGCCCAAAAGUUAAGACCUGGCUCAGGACAAUUGGAAAUAUCUACAAAAAUGGAUGGACCAAUUCGCACUGUGCAAAUUUGUGAUAUUAAGCUAAAGCCAAAUGAGAUUAUUUUAGCGCCGGAUUUAUUAUGGACUCAUGCGUCCUUCAACAACAGACAGAUUAUUGAUAAGGGAAAACCGCAAGCCGUUAGCGAAUUUCAGAUAAAUGUAGAACUUCCCAAAGGAAUUGGUAUAUCAGUAAUAAGUCUUAAACCCUGCGAGGAAAUCGUAUAUAUUAGCCUGGACAACAUAAUUGCAGAAGUUAUAGACAGUACUAUGGAAAAGUCCAUUGAUCUAAAUAUAGCAUACAUCCAGAUAGAUAAUCAAUUAAUGGAUGCUGCCAGUCAAGUGACUUUGCAUAGUUGUAUCCCAACUGACGAUGCUCAAAUGAAUGCGUUGCUCUUGAAAGUGAAAAUGUUGCCCAGUCCAAAUAAGAACGCUUUGAUUUUUAAGCAUUUCACUCUGGAUAUAAAGCCGUGCAUUAUGUAUCUGGAGGAAAAGCUCAUACUGAAAAUGGCUGCUUUUCUUGGAUAUGGCAGAGAGAGCAAACAGAAUUCGUUCCUGCCCUGCGAUUAUGAAGAUUUUGUAAAAGAAUCCUUGGAAAAUGAUAUGAAAAGAUACUACUUUGAAUAUUUUAGAAUCGAGCCGACUCAGGUUCGUCUUUCAGCAUUCACAUCGUCAAAGUUACCGGAAGAAUUGCAAAGUACGAAAAAAGCUUUGGGCUUGACGUUGAUCAAAUUUGAAGAUGCUUUAAUAGAGCUUGAUUAUUUUUCGGACAAGUAUCAUUUUGAAACAAUCGACAUUUAUCUGAGAGCGAUUAAGAAGCAUUAUAUUAAUCAAAUCAAAUGGCACGCCGCAUCGAUAUUGGGAAGUGUUGAUUUCUUGGGAAAUCCACUGGGAUUCGCAAAUGAUUUGUCGGAGGGCGUAUCUGGACUUAUUUUCGAAGGUUCUGUCAAAAGUCUGGUUAAAAAUGUUACCCAUGGUAUUUCCAAUUCCACGGCAAAGUUAACAGAAACAUUAUCAGAUAGUUUGGGUAAAGUUGUCCUGGAUGAUCAUGAUAACGAGACAAGACAACGAAUUUUAGAGCUACAAUCAAAUACAUCCGGCGGUCACCUUGCAGCGGGUAUAAAAGGCUUUGGAUUUGGUUUGCUCGGUGGAGUUACAAGCAUUGUUCGACAUACAUAUGAUGGAGCACAAGCUGAUGGCGUUCCCGGUUUUCUCAGUGGCUUAGGAAAAGGAUUAGUGGGUACGGUGACAAAACCUUUAAUUGGAAUGUUGGACUUGGCAUCGGAAACAGCAAGUGCUGUUCGUGAAACAAGCAGAGAUACACAUCGAACUUCACCAAAUCGAAAGCGUUUACCCCGAUGCAUAACUGGUGCUCCUGGCGGACUUUUGCCUUCAUAUUCUAGUCGUCAAAGUAAAGGUCAACAAUACCUUUAUUUAAUAAAUCGCAAAAACUUUAUGGAAAAGAUAAUAUUUUACGAGCCAAACAUUUGGAGUGAUAAAGAGGCAAGAUUACGACUUCUGGUUUCCACCGAAUACGUUCGCAUGUUUUCUUUAUGCGAUGGAAACCCAACCGUAAUGUUUGAGGGACACCUUAGCGACAUACUAUCAUGUCAUCAUUUGUCUACAAACACGGGAAUUACCCCGUCUGCAAGCAAAGCUUCAUCAAGCUACUACAUAGAAAUAUCUAUUAACUCACCAAAAAUCACACGACCACGAAUUCGCUGUCGAACUGAGGAAUGCGCUGAAGCUGUUUCAAGAUGUAUAAAUUACGCUAAAAGUGUUUUCGAUGAACGUGAAUUGUCGCUCAUAAAAUAUUAUUAAUGCUAAUAAUAAUAAAUAAUUAUUUUGUAUAUAUUUAAAGCCGGCUGUUUUGUUAGACUUCAAGAGAGGUGACGGAGAUAAAAAGAAAACAUUCAAAUAAAUACAUAAUACUAAUACUCAGACUGCUACAAUUCAUUGAGUUAAUUAAAAUAGCGAAUAGCUUGUUAA